AUGUCCGUCAAAUACGUCCACGGUGCGACCGUAAAGAGCGGGAAGACGUCGUCGGGUGAAAAUUUCGGCCCUGGGGAAAUCUUCGCGUAUGACGAAUCGUCCCAAAUCUUAACUCUACGAAAGCUCGGUGAGCUCUCGAACUCGUACGACUUGGAGUUUGUGAACGUCAAAGAUGCAUCAGAGGUCGUGAUCGACGACUCGACGAAGAGCGACGCCAAACCGUGCCCGAACGUGGACGAACCUCGACGGGAGCGCAGGUUUGAGAAUGCGUGUCGAGCGGCGCGCGCAAUGGCUGAUAACGUGGGCGAGAACGUCAGCGCGCUGGCGCAGGAUGUCUUCGACGCGUUAGCGCGCACAUUGCCGUGCAGAUGGAACGGAGAUGUCAUCGUCGUCAUGGACGAGGUGGAGGUGCGAGGACCAAAGUACGACGAGGCUACAGGCACCGGCCAAACGCCUGGGGCGGCGGAGCGCGUCGCGAAGGUGCUUUCGCUCGAGCGCGCGCGACUAGGUGUGUAA